AUGGCCUCUCCGGAAUACCAGGCGGCCGCUCCUACCACCGAGAAGGAGAUCGGUACAGCUCCCGGCGCCACCGGCGCCGAACAUGUCAAUGGCGCCAACCCAGCCGUGGCACGUUACGACUACGGCGGCAACCCUCUCUUCCACGCCCAUACCAACAAUGGUGAGCCCCGUUUCGCUGCCUUCGGUGGUGAUAUGCAGCCUGGCCUGUACCGGCCCACCACCCACAGAAAGUUCGCCAACCCGGCGCCUCUGGGUCUGUCCGCUUUCGCCCUCACUACUUUCGUCUUGUCGCUCGUGAACUUCAACACUCGUGGCAUCGCCGAACCCAAUAUUGCGCUCUCGCUUGCAUAUGGCUACGGUGGUCUGGUCCAGCUCCUUGCUGGCAUGUGGGAGAUGGCUGUGGGCAAUACUUUCGGUGCCACCGCUCUAUCUUCAUAUGGUGGUUUCUGGAUUUCCUACGCCAUCGUCCUGACCCCGGGUUUCGCAGUCCUCGACGCUUACUCGUCCGCUACCGACACAGCAUCGGUCCUCGGCUUCUUCCUGACCGGCUGGUUCAUCUUCACCUUCAUCUUGUUUCUCCUCACCCUGCGCUCGACUGUUAUGUUCUGCUCGCUGUUCGCCAGCCUGGACCUGGCCUUCCUGUUCCUGGCUACGUCCGAGUUCGCUAAGAGCAACGGUAGCGGAGCUGCCUUGGGUCUUCAGAAGGCCGGUGGUUUCUUUGGCCUCCUCGCCGCCUUUUUGGCGUGGUACAAUGCCUUUGCUGGUAUUGCCGAUACUAGCAACUCAUUCUUCAUCAUUCCUGUCUUCCACUUCCCCUGGUCGGAGAAAGCCCGUGAGUCUCGCAGCAAGACCGAGCGCGAGACUGUUUAA